AUGCCGCUUUUGAUCUGCAAGGCUGGCACCUGGAUACAAGACGGAAAUCGGAGCUGCUCCGCCUGUCAGGUCGGAAAGUUUUCCCAGGCAUGUGGAGGUACCUCGUGCACGGCAUGCGUAGCAGGGACGUACACGUCACUAGAGGGACAGACAGCUUGCCUGGAGUGCGUGGCGGGCUACUACUGCCUAGGCGAUAGUGAUCAAGCUCCGUGUCGACCAGGUUUCUACUCUGAUCCUGGGGCCACUAAUUGUACCCUCUGUCCUCCUGGCUCGUCUUGUGUUGGUGCCAGCCCGUCGCAACCUUGCGCUUCGGGGACAUUUUCGAACGUCUCAGGGGUGACUGCUUGUCAACUGUGUCAAGCUGGGAAGUUUGCACCUAAGACAGGCUCUACAACUUGUUCGCCUUGUCAAAAUGGAACGUUCUCGAGUCAAGACGGAGCCUCCCUCUGCCAGCCUUGCGCUCCUGGGACAUUCGCUGCAUCCUCUAAACAAACGAGCUGUGACCAGUGCGCAAGGGGACGCUACCAAUCAAGCUACCAAUCGUCGUCUUGCCUUGAAUGCCCUGCAAAUUCAGGAGCAAGAAUUGAAAUGGGCAUCUACUGCGCGCUGUGCAAUCCUGGCACUUACUCGGUGUCGAGCCAGUCGGCAUGCAGAGAUUGUCCCUUAGGGACCUUCUCGUCCUCGUAUGGUUCUACUUCCUGCUCCUCCUGUCCUCAAGGCUCCGUGGGGCCUGUGACAGGGGCUCUGUCUCAAGCGGAUGGCUGCCGGGAGUGCGGGGACGGAAGUUAC